GGGGGGGGGGAACCUGUUUCAGAGAUCUGGACCUUCAGGAAAACAAGAGCAACUCAAAGAGCAAGAUGACUGGAUCCCACUGCCGGGGGCUGCUGAUGAUCCCAUGUGACCUCUGACCUCUGACCUCACCUUCAGACUCACCUGCCCGUCCACCUGAGGGGGGCGGGGCCUGAGGAGCAUCACCAUGGAAACCACCUCCUCGCUGCUCGGCAGAGGUCUGGGUCUGGUCCUGGUGGAGUUUCAGUAUGAGUACCCGGGUCGAGACGGCUCCACGGUCUCCAUCAAACCCAACGAGCGCUACGUCCUGCUGGCAAAGACCAACGAUCACUGGUGGCAGGUGCGCCGCGACCGCAGCUCCAAACCCUUCUACAUCCCGGCCAAGUACGUGAAGGAGCUGCCGCUGGAUCUUCCUGUCCCUGUCCCUGUGGCUGUUCCAGUUCCUCUUCCUGCUCCAGUUCCUCUUCCUGCUCCUCUUCCUGUUCCUGUCCCUAAGCCUCCGGAGGACCCCAAGAACCAGCCGGGGGACGAGGUGAUGAUCCGUCUCCGUCCCGAUGCUUCGUCCCGUAAGACGGAGAACCGCAUGUCCACGUUUGGCGGCGUCCCAUUGGAUUUCGUGGACCCGACCCCGGCUCAGAGACCCCCCCCGGCUCAGAGACCCCCCCCGGCCCCCAUAGACACCGGGACUACAAACAUGGCCGACGAGGCGGCGAGCAAAAAGCACUUCCUGGACGAAAACAGGGACAAAACCCGGGUCCCCAGCUUCAGCCCGGCCGACCCACUGGCAGCGCAGAGGAACCAGAACCUGCCGAUACCUGUGGACACACCCACCGUCCCCCUCCAACACCAGGUGCACCACCAGGAGGAGGAAGAGGCGGAGGAGGAAGAGGAAGAAGAGGUAGAGGAAGAGGAAGUAAAGAAGGAAGUGAAGGAGGAAGUAAAGAAGGAAGUGAAGGAGGAAGACUCGCACCACAUCUACGAGUCGAUCCAGGACCUGAACCUGGACUUGGAGGCUCUGAUUGGGGGGCGAGCGAGUCCUGACCCGGCCCCCCCCUCCACACAGGACCCCCCUCCGGUCGAUGCUAACGUCUCUGCGCUGAAGAAGGUUUCUGGUCCCGCCCUUCCUCCAGACCACACCUCCUUAUCAACAGGCUCCUCCCCUUUAAGCCCCGCCUCCCCCAUCAGCCCACAGGACGACUGGCAGGUGCACACGGACUCCGAUAGCGGGAAGCAGUUUUACUUCCACCCCCCCACCAGACGCACCACCUGGUCCUCACCCCACGGACCCCCGCCCCCCCCACAGGCCAGAGACAUGGACCGGUCCGUUGCCCCCCCCCCUUUCUCCCCUCUCCCCCCCCCUCUCCCCCUCUUUAACGUCAGAAUCACUUCCUGUCAGGGCUCCUGGGACCAGCUGCUGGACCAAGCCUCGGGCAGAUUCUACUACCACAACCCAGCCUCAGGGGCCACAACGUGGAUCCCCCCGGAGCCUCAGGGCCCCCCAGAGGAACCCCCAGAGGAACCCCCAGAGGAACCCCCAGAGACCCCAGAGCCCCUCUCCCCCACCUCCCCCCCGGCUCACAGCAGGAGGCAGGACGGCGCCCCGCCCCCGCUGCCAGAGGAGGAUUACCCUGUAGACACACAGCAGGACGAUGUGUUCACAACGAAUCCUCAGCAGCAGGUUGUGAUCCCCAGAGCUCAGCUGGACCUGGGGAUUGGCUCUCGAUUGCUGGAGCUGCCGCCUCUGCCCCAUGGCAAAAAUGGAGUUUCUGAGGAGAGAGCGACCCUGCAGGUCAGGAGCUGGAGACACAGCGUGGCCGAAGACACCUUUGCUCCGAGCCACAGGAGGAACCUCUCCGAUUUCACUGAGGUUUCCAGCAGAAGAAACUCCCCGGACAGUCCUCAGCCCUCUGACAGGAAUCUGAAGAGGAAUCUGUCUGACCGGAUCGCCGGCCCCCACCGGCCCCACUGCCAUCUGCUGGAGAAAGCAGGAAUCAUGAAUAAGACCAAAGUAGUCGAAAACGGCAAGAAGAUCAGGAAGAACUGGAGUCAGUCGUGGACCGUCCUCCAUGGGGGGAUCCUGACCUUCCACAGAGACCCUAAGUCUGCCCCUCCCGGCACAGCGAGCAAGACGUCUCAGAUCGUUCCUGAGUACACGGUGGAGCUGAGAGGAGCGUCGGUGGGCUGGGCGACCAACAAGUCCUCCAAGAAGAACGUCCUAGAGCUGAAGACGCGUCAGGGCUGUGAGUUUCUGAUGCAGUACGACACGGAGAGCAUCAUCAGCGACUGGCUCAAAUCGAUGCAGGACACCAUCAGACAGCUGGGGGGGGACCAUCAGUCGGAGGAUGAGGACGACACUGCUUCAGACAAAGAGGACAAAGAGCGCAGGAGGACAUCGAACAGAGGUUCUGGAGGAGACUCAGAACAGAGGAGAGUCAGAACUAAACUCCGGCGUUUCCUCCAGCGACGGCCGACGCUGCAGAGCGUCAAAGAGAAGGGUUACAUCCGAGACAACGUGUUCGGCUGCCACCUCGACACGCUGAGCCACCGAGAGAACUGCAACCCCAAGUUCCUGGAGAAGUGUAUCAAAGCGGUGGAGAGGAGAGGUCUGGAUGUGGACGGGAUCUACAGAGUGAGCGGAAACCUGGCUGUGAUCCAGAGACUACGACAUAAAGCUGAUCAUGAGGAUCAGCUGGACCUGGAGGACGGUCAGUGGGAGGAGAUCCACGUCAUCACCGGAGCUCUGAAGCUCUUCCUGAGGGAACUUCCUGAACCACUGUUUCCCUUCAGCUGCUUCGACAAGUUCAUCGCUGCCAUCCAGGUCCAGGACUACAGUCUGAGGGUCUCCUACAUGAAGGACCUGGUCCGCUCUCUGCCUCUUCCCAACCACGACACCAUGGAGCUGCUGUUCAAACACCUGCGCAGGGUGGUGGACCAUAAGGAGUCCAACAGGAUGUCGGUGCAGAGCGUCUCCAUUGUGUUCGGCCCCACGCUGCUGCGCCCGCAGACCGAGUCCUCCAACAUGACGGUGCACAUGGUGUUCCAGAGCCAGAUCGUGGAGCUCAUGCUCAACGAGUUCCAGACCGUCUUCUCCCAGAGCUAAGACCUGCGGGACAUCCUGGACCUGAACCCAGAACCAGAACCAGGUCCACUGUGCCUUAAACUACCGCAGGGGAACCAGCUGGGACCGGGGUUUAAACCUUUCACAGAACAGAGUCCUCAUCCUUCUGGAACCAUUUCACUUUUAUUACAACACCUGAGUCAGAAGUUGGGUUCAGAUCCUCUACAAUACCUCCUCAGGUUACUUUAACCCCAGGUUCUGUUCACCAGCUUCAGAGGACCGUCACUGAGGGUCCGGAAGGGUCUUACUGAUGCAGCUCAUUUUUAAACUCUUCUGCUCUUCAGGGUCCAGAUUCUUCUAAAGCCUGCUUUUAAUGAUGUGCACAUUACCUGUGUGAGGUGUUGAGUACAUAAGGUUCUCAUCACCUGCCUUAAGUAACACUGUUCUGCCAGAGGAACCACGCAGAACCCUGGACCGGUUCUAUAAGACCUUCAGGGGACAGACCAAAACCAGCACAGUGCCGUCCACAGUAAUAAAACCACAUAUCACCUAGAGAAGGAGAUCCUCCUCACAGGGGGGACCCACCCAGAACCGCAGACUGGAACAAUAACAUCAGGACCUCCAGGACCUCCAGGACCUGCAGGACCUUAAGGACCUCCAGGACCUCCAGGACAUUCAGGACAUCUUUACCAGAACUCAUCCCCAAGGAAAAAGCUCUUCAGAGCCAAAGAAGUUGGUUCUGGUCCCUGGUUCUGAUCCCUGGUCCUGGUCCCUGGUUCUGAUCCCUGGUCCUGGUUCUGAGCCCUGGUCCCUGGUUCUGAUCCCUGGUCCUGGUCCUGAGCCCUGGUCCCUCGUUCUGAGCCCUGUUCCUGAGUCCUGGUCCCUGGUUUUGAGCCCUGGUCCCUGGUUCUGAUCCCUGGUCCUGGUCCCUGGUUCUGAGCCCUGGUCCCUGGUUCUGGGCCCUGGUCCUGAGCCCUGGUCCUGGUCCCUGGUUCUGAUCCCUGGUCCUGGUCCCUGGUUCUGGGCCCUGGUCCCUGGUUCUGGGCCCUGGUCCUGAGCCCUGGUCCUGGUACUGGAUGGUUUCAGAGGAUAUCUUAAUGAAACUCAUCAGCUGUCCUCGAGGUGUUGGAGAAGAGCUCAGACCCUUCAGAACAAACCUAGAACCGGACCCGUAGUGGGGUUCCUCUCUUCUGUCCUCUUUUAUAAUCUUUAAUGAGUAGCGUCUGAAGUGAUGCAUUCACUGACACUGGGAAACACAGGUUAGCACAGAAAAGUAUUUUGUAUUACUUAAAUGAACAACAGCUUGGUAUUAAACAGGGAACUGAGAGGUGGGUUCAAAGACCGGAGCGCUGUCGGGGUUUUCCAGCUUCAGGUUCACGAGUUUUUCUAGUAUUGCCUUGAUGUGUUUUACGGAUAUAGAACAAGUUAUGAGGGAUUCAACUGAGAGGGGGGUUUCAUUAACGGUCUGUAUUCAGGGGGUCUUUAUGGGAAUAUAUUAAUAAAGAGUUUAAUAAAUGUCUUUCCUGAUGAUGAUGAUGAUGAUGAUGAUGAUGAUGAUGAUGAUGAUGAUGAUGAUGAUGAUGAUCUGUUAAACAUCAUAAACUACCAAAACAUUUAUAAAGAUUUAACCUCAUGAAAUGUUAAUAAAGUAAAAACGUGUUUUAUAUUUCCUUAAAUCUUCAGGAAUAAACAGUUACUAAAACAAAA